ACCCCUUCCUCCCCAGACAUCCUUUCUUAAGCACCCUACUCUGGCACUCAUCAAGCCAUGGGAAUGAGAAAGAAUUGGCUGGAAGUAAACAGUCUGCUUGCUCAUAGCAACUGAAAGUUUUCUUCCGAUGGUUCUGGUUCCAGGGGAGGUUGCUGAAGAUUAAAUCCUGAAGUCUGUCCCAUUCAGAGAGCAGCAGCCUGGCUUCUGGUGGCUACAGCAUCAGCCACUCCAGUGAUUUUCAGCCAAUGAAGAGUCUGAAAUGUUCUGGCUGUCUGGAGAACCUAUAGCUGAAAGUCAGGUAUACAGCAUGAAGGUUUGAUAUACGUAUAGAUGGUGAAAUGAUUACAAUACAAGUUAACAUCUAUCACCUCAUAUAGUUACAAAUUCUGUGUGCAUGUGUGUUAACUUUCAAGAUCUACCCUCUAAGCAACUUUCAAAUAUACAAUACGUUGUUUUCAACUUUAGUCACCAUGCUGUAUGUUACAUCCCCAGUACUUAUUUACCUUAUAGCUGAAAGUCUGUACCUUUUGAACACCUUCACCCAUUUUGACCACUCCCACUCACCCCUUCCUCUGGCAACUGACCAAUCUGUCCUCUAUAUCUAUGAGUUUGGGGUUUUUUUAGAGUCCACAUAUAAGUGAUAUCAUAUUUAAAAUAUUUUGCUCCUUGGGUUACCUAUUCAUCUCAUAUUGCAGCAAUGUUUUACAGUCUAACAAUAUGUUAUUCUUUAUCUGCUAGAUUUUUAUGCAUGAAGCCUGAAAAAAAAUUAGAUUUAGGAACUGUUUUCCAAGACAGUAUUAUAUUUCUCACUUGUCUCACAUCAAGUUAAUUUAAGACCUUAACAACUACUGUUCAAUAUGCACUCAUUCUGAAUGCAUAUUAAAGACAAAAAUGAGAGAAAAAGUAUAAUCCUCCACUUUUUAAACGCCAACAUUGUAAUCAACUACUAAACAAAAAUUUAAAUUUAGUCUUUUAAUUAAAUACAGCUAAUUUAAAAGGUAGUCAUUGGAACAUGGUUCUUGACCUCCUUCCUAUAACGGGAGUCAUGACUUUAAAGCAUGAGUGCAAUAGGCUUAGAAACUGUUCUGCUUUAUCUGAAAUAAGCUCCGAAUGUAUUUUCAAUUGUGGAAAGGCAAAAAGAUUACCGUUCCUAGUAUUCAGUUCUAAUGUCAUGGUUCCCAAAAUGUAAAAGCUGUGAAUAAGUCAACUAUUCCAAGGAAGCUUCAGCUGUGAACACAAAACGGAAUUUCUUUUGCCAUGCAAACAAGGCACACAGGCAUACUUUCAACCAAUAACAGCUAGCUUUAUACAUUUAUGUUUGGAUCAAAAGAGCAGGGCAAUUUUAAAGCUGGCUUCUGUUAGCAUCAGUCUGAUCUGGGGUGGUGUCCUUUCUUAGGUCCUCUGCUUCCUUGUCUCCUUGUCACAUGCAGACCCACCCCAUCGCUCCUUUAGUGAGGGGCCCUGUGGGGCGUUACUGCCGCCCCUGGCCAGGGCUCACCGGAUCAGCAGGCAACAGAAGACCUAGGAGGGUAGAAGCCUGGGGGGCUGGGGGUGGGCGGGUUGGAGCUCUGUGGGUCGCGGGCCUGGGGGCCAGGUGAAUGCUGGUUCUCUCUUCGUCUCCAGUCCCCAGAAGCUGGUCCAGUUGGCGCAGGCUGACUGGAGAGGCGUAACUCACCCCUUCCCUAGACCCAACAACUAAAAGUGGCAAAGAAAUCUCCAUCUCCUGUCCUGAGUCUUAGUGCCAUAAAAAAUAUCUUCCACUGGCCCUUCGCAUCACGCGCCGACCUUCGGCUACCAUCAAGAGCGGACAGGUAUAAUUUCUGAGAGGUCACUGGCACUAAAAACACAGCGGAUAGAGAGGCCUUGUCGACCUGAAGACCUGGAGAGGCAGAGUUAGCGGGGGAGGCUUGGCUUCCUCGGCGGCGCCCCCUCCAUCCAGCAUAAAACCCGCGAAAGAGCGGCGUCCUGAGUAGUGGGUGGGCAGGUGGGUGCGAGACAGGAGGACGGGAGGGAGCAAGGAAUCACGAAGCCUCCUCCGCUGGGACCGCCUCCUCUCUCAGUGGCCUCCCCACAGUCGCUCCGAAUUAAUAAGACGAAGAUCAGGCCAAAUUGCCGCCCCCGGCCAGCCCAACCGGGCUCCGGAGGGAGCGAUCCCCGGGAGCGGGGGUCCGCGCGUCGGAAGGGGCCAUUAGGCCAGAAGGCGGGUAGCUGACAGUGUCCCCUCGCGCCUCCGUCUCCGUCUCGCGGGGAAAGGCCUAGAUCGCCGCGGUCCUAACACAGCAUCCGUCUGCGGCUCGCCUCCCUCUCCGACCCCGGAGGCGUGGCGCCCUCGGCUUCCUCCCGCCCCCGACUCGCGGCACCCCUCCGCAGGACGCUUGGUUGGGCCCGGGGCGGGGCCUGCAGGCGCUACACGUGCGGCUGCAAGCUCCGCUCCCGCGGCUCUGCCACCGCCCCCGCCACCUCUGGGCCGACGGGGGGCGGAGCCUCGGGGGGCGGGGCGGGAGGCGUGGGCGAGGGGCGGGGCGGACGCGGAGCACUCGUCCGGCUGCCCAGGCCAAGGGGCUGAGAGCAGUGGGGCAGGCGUGGCGGCCGCAGGAAGGCACUGAGAGCUGACGGGAGUCCGACGCCUGGUGCUGCGAGCUUUCUCCGAGCUAUGAAACCCACGUAGUCGAACGUCAUGAUGCUUCUUCUGUAGGGCGUGUGAUGAGGAGCAGAGUUUGGCUUUGGAGUGCUCGGAACCAGAGGAAUUGCCGAGGACUCGGAGCCCAGCCGUGAUCCCUGGAGAGCCCACAACACAAUGAACAAAUUGAACUUCCAUAACAACAGAGUCAUGCAAGACCGCCGGAGUGUGUGUAUUUUCCUUCCCAACGAUGAAUCUCUGAACAUCAUCAUAAAUGUUAAAAUUCUGUGUCACCAGUUGCUGGUCCAGGUGUGUGACCUACUCAGGCUAAAGGACUGUCACCUCUUUGGACUCAGUGUUAUACAAAAUAAUGAACAUGUGUAUAUGGAGUUGUCACAAAAGCUUUAUAAGUAUUGUCCAAAAGAAUGGAAGAAAGAGGCCAGCAAGGUACGACAAUACGAAGUCACUUGGGGUAUUGACCAGUUUGGACCCCCUAUGAUCAUCCACUUCCGCGUGCAGUACUAUGUGGAAAAUGGCCGAUUGAUCAGUGACAGAGCAGCAAGAUACUAUUAUUACUGGCACCUGAGAAAACAAGUUCUUCAUUCCCAGUGUGUGCUCCGAGAGGAGGCCUACUUCCUGCUGGCAGCCUUCGCGCUGCAGGCUGAUCUUGGGAACUUCAAAAGGAAUAAGCACUAUGGAAAAUACUUUGAGCCCGAGGCUUACUUCCCGUCUUGGGUUGUUGCCAAGAGAGGAAAGGACUACAUCCUGAAGCACAUUCCAAACAUGCACAAGGAUCAGUUCGCACUGACAGCUUCUGAAGCUCAUCUUAAAUAUAUCAAAGAGGCCGUCCGACUGGAUGACGUUGCCGUCCAUUACUACAGAUUGUAUAAGGAUAAAAGGGAAAUUGAAGCUUCUCUGACCCUUGGAUUGACCAUGCGGGGAAUACAGAUUUUUCAGAAUUUAGAUGAAGAGAAACAAUUACUUUAUGAUUUCCCUUGGACCAAUGUUGGAAAGUUGGUGUUUGUGGGAAAGAAGUUUGAGAUUUUGCCAGAUGGCUUGCCCUCAGCCAGGAAGCUCAUCUACUACACGGGGUGCCCCAUGCGCUCCAGACACCUGCUGCAGCUCCUGAGUAACAGCCACCGCCUCUACAUGAACCUGCAGCCUGUCCUGCGCCACAUCCGGAAGCUGGAGGAAAACGAAGAGAAGAAGCAGUACCGGGAAUCUUACAUCAGCGACAACCUGGACCUCGACAUGGACCAGCUGGAGAAGCGGUCCCGGGCCAGCGGGAGCAGCGCGGGCAGCAUGAAGCAUAAGCGCCUGUCCCGUCACUCCACCGCCAGCCACAGCAGCUCUCACACCUCGGGCAUUGAGGCCGACACCAAGGCCCGGGACGCGGGCCCCGAAGAUGCCUACCCCGGCAGCGCCAUCCACCGCAAGCUGAAAACCUGCAGCUCCAUGACCAGCCACGGCAGCUCCCACACCUCCGGGGUGGAGAGUGGCGGCAAGGACCGGCUGGAGGAGGAUUUGCAGGAUGAUGAAAUAGAGAUGUUGGUUGACGACCCCAGGGACCUGGAGAGGAUGAACGAAGAGUCCCUGGAAGUCAGCCCAGACAUGUGCAUCUACAUCACAGAGGACAUGCUCCUGUCUCGGAAACUGAAUGGACACUCUGGGUUGAUUGUGAAAGAAAUUGGUUCUUCCACCUCCAGCUCCUCAGAGACGGUGGUCAAACUUCGAGGCCAGAGUACUGAUUCUCUUCCACAGACUAUAUGUCGAAAACCAAAGACCUCCACUGAUCGACAUAGCUUGAGCCUCGAUGACAUCAGACUGUAUCAGAAAGACUUCUUGCGCAUUGCGGGGCUGUGUCAGGACACUGCUCAGAGUUAUACCUUUGGGUGCGGCCAUGAACUGGAUGAGGAAGGCCUCUAUUGCAGCAGCUGCUUGGCUCAGCAGUGUGUCAACAUCCAAGAUGCUUUUCCAGUCAAAAGAACCAGCAAAUACUUUUCUCUGGAUCUCACCCAUGAUGAAGUUCCAGAGUUUGUUGUAUAAAGGACGUCUAUGUGCAGCUGUACAGACAGCCUGCUGUUCGCUAGAGGCUGUGAAAGCCAUGAGUUCUUUCUUUACCUAUUACUUGUGCCAUAUAUUCUUCACCCCAAACAUAGCUCUUUCUUUAUAAUAUUUGCGACAGAAAUAAAAGCUGAGGGACAGUUGCACUUUAAGUAUUACACAGAAGUAAAAGGACUACAGAGAAUGUAUACCAAGACAAGUGGCCAGAAGUUCACUGAUCCUUUGGAAGGAAAUGUGCUUUACUGGUUACCAAGCCUUCAGAAUAUCCAACUGUGGUGUGUUUGUUCAUUGUUUUGUUUCCCAGUUCAGUUACGUGUAACAACACUUUUUUUUUUUUAUCAUGUGAAAGAUGUUGUUGGGUUCCUUUGUUUGCUUGUACAUUUUUUUUUUUUUUUACCACUCCCUCAUGAAAUGCCGGUGGUUGGAGGGAAGAGAGAGAGAAGAGGCUCUCAUUUUUUAAUAGAGAGACCGUCACCUACUCAUAGCCAUUGCCACCCCACUGGGGCUGUACGAAAGUGAACACGAACGAAGCAGUCAAAAUCCAGCACGCCAAAGAUGCCUCCACCAGAAGGGCAGCCCAGGGCCAAGAAGAUGUGAGUCAAGCAAUAACCAAAAGACCGUGCAUGCCGCGAUGCCUUGUGACUCCUUCACACCUGGUCAGUGCCACGUCAUCCUCCUGCUCUUCCAGAAAGCUCUAGGACUCAGCUGAGCCCCUUGUCCAAGUAACGGAUCGGUUGUGUUCAUGCCAUAAUGAAUUUUGUGGAGUUUCCAAAACCAGUUUCUGUUAAAACUAUGGAAAUGUCUUAAAAUAUGUCUGUACUUGGUGGAUUUUUUUUUUUUUUAAAUCAAGAGCAAAGUAUGGUCAUGCUGGUUUCUGCUUAACCAAAAUACCCUAACUAUACGUACAUGUUAUACAUAUGUAAAUAUAUGGGACUGUGUGUGUUUAUAUUUAAAGCUUACUAACUUUUCAUUUUGGCUCCCAUGACUAUCUCGUAUAUAUGGUCUUUCUUGUUUGGUACAGAGGAUACGUCAUCAAAUGAAUGAUGCCUACAGACAAUCAGUUGAUAGAUAGAGUUAAGAACGACUGUUUUCUCACGUGUCUUUUGCCAUAGUUCUCAACCCUGGUUGCAUCAUAGAAUUAUCUGGGGAGCUUUAAAAAAAUAACAAUGUCUGGGUCCCACCUUGGAUGAAUUAAAUCGGUCUCUUGCGGUGAGACUCAGGUGGAAUUGCCUUUUCUUUUAAAGUUUCCAGAUGGAGCUAGUAUGUAACAGGAUUGAAAACCACCGAUCCAGAAGAUGUCUUUUUCGUUAAUUUUGAAGUAUACAGAAAAUGUUAGUGUUUGAGAAAGAACUAUUUUUAAGACAGUUACUGCCACUGCUGUUAGGAUAUAUAAUGAAACCAAGUCAGGAGAUUGAACUUAGUAACCUUUAGAUGUACAGUAACAGUGUUGUUCACACUUCAGGAAAGUACUUUAGCACAAUGUCUUUCUAUGAGAUGUUUUUAAUGAUUUCAUAUUUUACAACAUUUGUUUACCAUAUUUUGAUAUACCAUUUUUUCUAUCUACCAGGUUUUAUUAAAAAAACUAUAUUAUUUUCUAAAGAAAUGGUCAUAUUUUUAUACAAAAUUAAGUUUUCAGGUAACAAAGAAAUAGACUUAGGGUACGGCAGCACCUGCAGUGUUCCCCAUGGAUGGGAGUCAGUAUUAUAAACACAUGGAGAACGAGAACAAACUCCAUCUGUACUGUCCCGCGCAUGCCCCACCGUGGACGUGACAGGGCAGUGUGUACACACAAGCCUGGUCAAGUUGGCCUAACUUGACACUUUAAAAGGAAAAAAAUUCUAUGACAUUCUGUAGUCAUGAAAUGAUUUUGCUUUUAUGAAAUGUUUGAAAGAACCAAAGUUUCAGGUAUCAGAAUGUAUAAAAGUAUCUCAAUCUUUGUAUAAAAGGAUGGAUGAAAGUAUGAAAGGAUCAUCUAAUGACUAUUUUACUUAUGUCAUUAAAUAAUCCACCAUUUCUUACAGAUGCUUAAGAGACAAAUCCUGAUGAAGUUUGACUCUAAAGAGCCCAGCUCAUAAUGUGGUACAUUUCCUUAGCUCCUAGUGUUUCUUGUUUAAACAUUAAGAAAAAAACAUAUUUAAUUAAGUACAUAGUGCUUUAUACUUUAUUUUCUCUCUACUUCAAACAGAAUCAGGUCUUUAGGGUUUUUCCAGCAUCGUUGGUGGUUUUGCACACCCUCUUUCUAAUUGCAUUUAUGAAUAGUCUCGUGGGUUUUCAAAAAUGAAACGUGCUAAGGACAUUUUUGCUUUUUGAUCCACUGUUUGCAGCAGAAUUAUAUAUAUGUAUGUGAAAAUCCAUUUUGAGUAUCUACAUUUUUGUAUUUGGAAAUUGUUUUAAAAAUAAAAAAGGAGAAGUAUAAAGCUGUUAUUUAUUCUGCAUUUGUUAAUAUCCAUUGCUAGUCAGUAUACCAAUUUGGUAUAUAUUGCCUCUAUACAUCUACAUUUGUAUUUGCAACAAUGAACUUUAUAUCUACAUAAACUGUAAAUAAUCCUUUCUGUGAAAGGAUCAUCAUAUCAAGAUGAUACCAAAAGUGUGUGGAAAAAAAAAGAACUGCAUUAUUUUGUAAUUAUUCUUAUAGGAAUUUCAUGGUAAGAUUAGCAGUCAAUAAAGUUACUUUUUAUUUGUCUUU